AUGGCCGCCUCAGGCACCAUGUGUCGCAAGUGGACGUCAUCCCUCAUUGCCCAAUUCAUCAUUGUGCUCCCAUCGCAGAUCCAGCCAGCAUUCGACAGCCACGAGACCUUUGAGGAGUACGAAUCGUCACCAGGCCGCUAUAGAGGGUUCUGCAAGCGGUGCGGGACGUCGCUGGUCUGGCGGUCCGCAGAUGACGCCAGCACAGUCGACGUCUUUUUGGGGACGGUGGAUGAGAAAUGGCUCGUUCACGAGGAUGGCGGCAAGGUCGGACAAGCGCUGGCGAGGCCCAAUGGGACGCAGUUUUGGAUGGAAAAUGCCAUUCCGGGAGUUACUGAUUUGGUCAAGGGGGGCAAGGAGUUUCUUAGGGAAGGGGAGGAUGGGUGGGAGAGGAAGAAGGAUUAA